AUGUCUACCACUACACUCGACGCCUCGUCCCCGAGCGCCUAUGGGUCCUCUGAAACAGCUCUGCUUCUCCUUGAUUGGUACACCCUAUUCAUCGAGAAGGUUGCUGGUCCGUCUGCUGAGCCAGCCUUGAAGGUCGCAGUUGAACUCCGAAACUGGGCCAAGACUCACAACAUCACCGUUGUCCACUGCCUUAUCGACGCAAACGGCACUCCCUUCCCGGCCUGCAAAGGCGUGGAUCGCUUCCAAGGGCUCUUGGAGAUUAUGAAGAGCCUGGAACAGCCCGAACCAGCUGAACUUCGGGCUGAUGACAAAGACGAGCUCACCUUUCACCGGGUCCCGGGACAUAUCUCGGCGCUCAAGUCCCCAGGCUUACUUGAUUAUCUGAAGGAGAAGGGCAUCAAGUCUCUUGUUCUCUCCGGUUUGAGCACUUCUGGCUGUGUUCUGAGAACGGCAGUCACAGCAACAGAUGCUGAAUUUGCGACAACAGUCAUCAGCGACGCUUGUGCUGAUGGGGAUGGAGAGCUUCACCGGGUUAUCUUGGAUAAGAUCAUUCCUUCUCGGGGCCACGUGAAGAGUGCUGCAGAUUUUCAGAAGGAAUUUGAAGGGGCUCAGAAUGUUUGAACUGGAGAUCUGAGACUGGCGCGACGUGUGACAAGUUCAGAAUCAGGGGAAUCUCAACGAAGCGAGACCAAGACA